AGCUCUAGAUGGCGGCUGUGCCUUGGAGAGCGCGCUGAGCCUCCCUGCUUUUUUCUCCCCUCCUCCACCACUUUUGCGCAACUUUACCCAACUUUUGGGCAGCCUCGAGGGGCUCCUGCGGCCCCUGGCCUCUCGUGGGGACUGGUGUGAGGGAGAGCGAGCGUUUUUCGGGCAGAAAAGCAGCUUUGGGGGGCUCUUUCCCCUCGCUUCGUUGGAAAGAAGCAGCCGUGGAGGCAGCCCGGGUCGUUGUUUUUCCCAGCUUGGAAGCCAUGGCGUACCUCCAUUUUUGUGCGCUCUCCUAAUGAGCUUUUCCUCCGGAUCUUUUUCUCUUGCUUUAAUUAUCGCCUCUGGCGAUUAAACCACCGCGGAUCAUUUGGGAUUAAACUCUUAUUUAUUACAUUUUUUAAAAAGAAAUACUUUUUUUCACCCCGGUCCCCUUUUUUUUGGGAAACAUUUUGAAGCUGAUGUUUCCCUUCUACCCGAAACUAAUAUCGGGUUGGACCUGGCCCCGGUGCCCAGAUCAGGUAGGUGGGCGAUUAUUAACCAUCGUUUUUUAGGAUUUUUGUGCUUUCGCUGAAAACUUUGAUUUUUUUUCUUUUGCGGAUCUACCGAUCCUGAAUGACGCAAUAAAAUACCGAGAAUAUUUGCUUCCAGGGUUACUUCAGGAAAGUUUGCAGGAUGCUCCCCGGGGCUGUGUACUCUUUUAAAAAAAAAUUUGGGAAAAAUGUAAGAUUUAAUUCUUGAUUUUUUUCCCGUGCUUUUGAGCCUUCUGCAUUAUUGUAACAAAUACCAUUGCAACGUCAGGACUUUUUGUUCGUCGUGAAAUCCGAAGGCAGCCAGUGGGACUUUACCUUUCUUUCAACUUUUGACAGUAAAUACCUGGUCACAGGACUUCAAAGCAGACUUAGACACCCAUCUGCUUUUGUCUUAAUAUUUAAGAAUUAAAAGAUGAUGAGAAAUACGGACAAAAGCCGCGGAGAGGAGGGUUCAGUCCACAGCAAUGCAUCGAGUCACUCAGCAUCUGAGGAGGCCUCAGGAUCCGACUCAGCGAGCCAGUCUGACAGCGAGCAGGCCAGUGAUCAUGGGAGCGAAUCCAACAGCACCUCAGAGACCUCCGAAAGCCAAUCUGAAUCGGAGAGUGAGUCCACGGGCUCAAAAUCUCAGCAGACACCUCCUGAAGCAAAAGAGAAGCCGGCUUCUAAGAAAGAAAGGAUAGCGGACGUCAAAAAGAUGUGGGAAGAAUAUCCCGACGUUUAUGGGGUGAGGAGGUCAAACCGGAGCAGACAGGAGCCCUCACGUUUUAAUAUUAAAGAAGAGGCAAAUAGCGAGUCUGAGAGUGAGAGCCCCAAAAGAAGAGGCCAAAAGCAAACGAAAAAAACAGAGAAAUGGAAGCAGGAGGGCUCCGGAGACGAUGACGAGGACGAGCAGGAUCAAGGAACGAGUGCGGAAAGCGAGCCGGAGCAGAAGAAAGUGAAAGCCCGGCGGCCUGUCUUGAGGAGUUGUUUUAGAGCACUGGGCAAGCCAGUUGUGAAGAAGGCCCACAAGCCCCAGCGUGGGAAGAGGAGGAGGAAAACGGAGUCAUCAGAGGAUGAAGAUGAUGAUGAAGACGACGAGACCCCCAAAAGACAGACACGACGUCGAGCAGCCAAGAACGUCAGCUACAAGGAGGAUGACGACUUUGAGACCGACUCGGACGACUUGAUCGAAAUGACUGGUGAAGGGGCUGAGGAGCAGCAGGAUAACAGCGAGACAAUUGAGAAAGUGUUGGACGGGAGAGUGGGCAGGAAGGGAGCCACUGGGGCUUCCACCACCGUCUAUGCAAUGGAAGCUAGCGGCGACCCCUGUGCUGACUUUGAACCUGAGAAAGAGGAAGGGGAGACGCAGUUCCUGAUCAAGUGGAAGGGCUGGUCAUACAUCCACAGCACGUGGGAGAGUGAGGACUCCCUCCAGCAACAAAAAGUCAAAGGCCUGAAGAAACUGGAGAACUUCAAAAAGAAAGAGGAGGAGAUCAGGCAGUGGUUGGCGAAGGUGACCCCCGAGGAUGUGGAAUACUAUAACUGCCAGCAAGAACUGGCGGCCGAGUUGAACAAGCAGUACCAGAUAGUGGAAAGAGUGAUCGCUGUGAAGACGAGCAAAUUGUCCACAGCCGGUUCUGAAUUUCCAGCUCACAGCCGCAAAUCCUCCUCCAAUGAACCAGAAUAUCUUUGCAAGUGGAUGGGGCUUCCAUACGCCGAUUGUAGCUGGGAGGAUGAGGCCCUGAUCAGCAAGAAAUUCCAGCACUGCAUCGACAGCUUCAACAGUAGGAACAACUCCAAAACCAUGCCCACCCGGGACUGCAAGGUGCUGAAGCAGAGGCCCCGAUUUGUUGCCUUGAAGAAGCAGCCUUCAUACAUUGGCGGGGAGAACUUGGAACUCCGAGAUUACCAGCUAGAAGGGCUCAACUGGCUGGCUCACUCGUGGUGCAAGAGCAACAGUGUGAUCCUGGCUGACGAAAUGGGCUUGGGGAAGACCAUCCAGACCAUCUCCUUCCUCUCCUGCCUCUUCCACCAGCACCAGCUGUACGGCCCCUUCGUGAUUGUGGUGCCCUUGUCGACCCUGACCUCGUGGCAGAGGGAGUUUGAGAUCUGGGCCCCCGAGAUCAAUGUGGUUGUUUAUAUCGGGGACCAGAUGAGCAGGAACACGAUUCGUGAGUACGAGUGGAUCCACUCCCAGACCAAACGGCUAAAGUUCAACGUGCUCAUCACGACGUACGAGAUCCUGCUGAAAGACAAGGCUGUCCUGGGGAGCAUUAACUGGGCCUUCUUGGGUGUGGACGAAGCACAUCGCUUGAAGAACGAUGACUCCUUGCUGUACAAGACAUUGAUUGACUUCAAGUCCAACCACCGGCUGCUCAUCACUGGGACACCGCUUCAGAAUUCCCUGAAAGAGCUCUGGUCCCUCCUACAUUUCAUCAUGCCAGAAAAGUUUGAGUUCUGGGAAGAAUUUGAAGAUGACCACGGGAAGGGGCGCGAGAACGGCUAUCAGAGCCUUCACAAAGUCCUGGAGCCAUUUCUUCUGCGCAGAGUGAAGAAAGAUGUGGAGAAAUCUCUCCCUGCCAAAGUGGAACAGAUCCUCCGCGUGGAGAUGUCUGCCCUACAGAAGCAGUAUUAUAAGUGGAUUUUGACCCGGAAUUACAAAGCCCUUUCGAAGGGGACCCGGGGCAGCACGUCCGGCUUCCUGAACAUCGUGAUGGAGCUGAAGAAGUGUUGCAACCAUUGCUAUCUGAUCAAGUCGCCGGAGGAAAACGAACGGGAGAAUAGUCAGGAGAUGCUCUUGUCUUUAAUCAGAAGCAGCGGGAAGCUUAUUCUUUUGGACAAGCUGCUGACGAGGCUGCGCGACAGAGGGAAUCGGGUCCUUAUCUUCUCCCAGAUGGUGAGGAUGCUGGACAUCUUGGCCGAGUACCUGACCAUCAAGCAUUACCCUUUCCAGCGCCUGGACGGCUCGAUCAAAGGCGAGAUCCGAAAGCAGGCGCUGGAUCACUUCAAUGCCGAUGGCUCGGAGGACUUCUGCUUCCUACUCUCCACCCGAGCUGGAGGGCUGGGGAUUAACUUGGCCUCCGCGGACACUGUGGUGAUCUUCGACUCAGACUGGAACCCUCAGAAUGACUUGCAGGCUCAGGCGCGGGCUCACCGGAUCGGGCAGAAGAAGCAGGUGAAUAUCUACCGCUUGGUGACAAAGGGGACAGUGGAAGAGGAGAUCAUUGAGAGAGCCAAGAAGAAGAUGGUACUGGACCAUCUUGUGAUACAGCGCAUGGACACCACAGGCCGGACUGUCUUGGACAACAGCUCUGGCAGAUCCAACUCAAACCCUUUCAACAAAGAAGAGCUAACAGCCAUCUUGAAGUUCGGGGCUGAAGAUCUCUUCAAAGAAGUAGAAGGGGAAGAAUCAGAGCCGCAGGAAAUGGACAUAGACGAGAUCUUGCGCAUGGCUGAAACGCAUGAGAAUGAAGCGUCCACAAGCGCAACGGAUGAACUUCUGUCGCAGUUUAAGGUGGCAAACUUUACAACAAUGGAGGAGGAAGAAGCGGAGCUGGAAGAGAGGUCACAGAAGGACUGGGAUGAAAUCAUCCCUGAAGAGCAGAGGAAGAAGGUGGAGGAGGAAGAGCGCCAGAAGGAACUGGAGGAGAUCUACAUGCUCCCCAGAAUUCGCAGCUCAGCUAAAAAGGCUCAGGCAAAUGACAGCGAUUCGGACAUCGAGAUGAAGAGGAAGCUGCAGAGGUCUUCGGGCUCGGAAAGCGAGACGGAAGACUCGGAUGAUGAGAAGAGGCCCAAACGCAGAGGGCGGCCUCGGAGUGUUCGGAAGGACAUGGUGGAAGGCUUCACAGACUCGGAAAUUAGGAGGUUUAUCAAGGCCUAUAAGAAGUUCGGAGUUCCCCUGGAGCGACUGGAGUGUAUUGCCCGGGAUGCUGAGCUGGUGGACAAGUCCGUGGCUGACCUGAAGCGCUUGGGAGAGCUUCUUCACAACAGCUGUGUUUCCGCGAUGCAGGAGUAUGAGGAACAGUUGAAAGAGAACCCAACAGAAGGCAAAGGGCCCGGAAAGCGGAGAGGCCCCACCAUUAAGAUUUCCAGCGUCCAGGUGAAUGUGAAAGCUAUCAUUCAGCAUGAAGAGGAGUUUGCAAUGUUGCAUCAGACUAUCCCGGCAGACCUGGAGGAGAGGAAGAAGUUUUGCCUCUCUUGCCGCGUCAAAGCUGCCCAUUUUGAUGCUGACUGGGGAGUGGAGGAUGACACUCGCCUGCUCCUCGGAAUUUAUGAGCACGGCUACGGGAACUGGGAGCUUAUCAAAUCGGACCCAGAGCUGAAAUUAACAGACAAGAUCCUGCCUGUCGAGCCAGACAAAAAGCCCCAGGGGAAGCAGCUCCAGGCCCGAGUUGACUACUUGUUAAAACUGCUCAAGAAAGAACUGGAGAAGAAGGAUGGCGUGAAGGAAAUAGAGGAGAGCAAGCUGAAGAAGCGGAGGCCCCGUGUCAAGAAAGAGAACAAGUCUCCCAAAGGAAGGGACGAGCAAGGGAAUGAGCUCUCCUCCCCUCGGCACUCGGACAACCCUUCGGAAGAGGGCGAGGUCAAGGAGGAUGGAUUGGAUAAGAGCCCUUUGAAAAAGAAGCAGAAGAAGAAAGAGAAUAAAGAAAACAAGGAAAAACAGGCAACGGGCAGGAAAGACAAGGAAGGAGACAAAGAGAAGAGGAAAACGGACAAAAAAGAGAAGCUGAAAGGUGGCGAGGCCAAAGCCGGUGGCAAAGGGAAGAGAGUUCAGGGACCCGUUCACAUCACCGCGGGGAACGAGCCGGUCCCAAUUGGGGAGGAUGAAGAUGAUGAUUUGGACCAAGAAACCUUCAGCAUAUGCAAAGAGCGGAUGCGGCCGGUCAAGAAGGCCCUGAAGCAGCUGGACAAGCCAGACAAAGGGCUGACGGUGCAAGAGCAGCUGGAACACACGCGGAGCUGCUUGCUGAAGAUCGGCGAUCGUAUUUCCGAGUGCCUGAAAGUCUAUUCUGACCAGGAGCACAUCAAGCUCUGGAGAAGAAACCUGUGGAUAUUUGUAUCCAAGUUUACGGAAUUCGAUGCCAGGAAGCUGCACAAGCUUUACAAAAUGGCUCACAAGAAGCGGUCCCAGGACGAGGAGCAGGAGCAAAGGAAAAAGGAAGAAGCGGCGGGAGGAAAAAAGCUCUUUCGACAGGAGCCCUCCGGUUCCAGCCGUGAUUCUGUGAUGUCCCAGAUCCCCCACGGCCCUCAUGGUCAGAAGCUCCACCCGCCUCCCGCGCAUCAUACCCAAAUGCACGGGCACCAGAGGGAUAACUACAACCACCCGAACAAAAGGCACUUCACUAACGCAGAUCGAGGCGAAUGGCAGAGGGAGCGCAAAUUCAACUAUGGUGGCAAUGCCAACCAGAUGUGGGGCGGAGAGCGGCACCAUCCGUACGAGCAGCACUGGUACAAGGAACACCACUACGGAGACCGCCGGCAGCCUCAUCGCACUUCGAAUUACCGGCUGAACAACCUGUCCCGCAAACGGCCGUACGAGCCGUACAACAGUGACCGAGACCACAGAGGCCACCGGGAUUAUUACGACAGACAUCACCAUGAUUCCAAGCGGCGGAGGUCGGAUGAGUUCAGGACCCCAAAUUAUCACCCGCAGGACUUUAGGAGGAUGUCUGACCACAGGCCUCCCAUAGGUUACCAUGGCCAAGGCCCCUCGGACCAUUACCGGUCUUUCCACCUUGACAAAUCAGCAGAUUACAAACAGCCGCUCCCCCUUCCUCACUCCCAAGUCAUGGACCCUCGCUCUCCACCGUCACAGAAGUCCCCCCAUGACGCCAAGUCCCCCCUGGAUCAUCGGUCGCCGCUGGAGAGGUCUUUAGAACAGAAGAACAAUCCAGAUUUUAACUGGAGCGCCCGGAAGACAUAGAGAUCAGGAGAGGAGAGGAGGGAGACCCAUACUUGCUCCGAGGUAAACAGCAAUUGCUGGUUUACCAGGCCCUGACCUGGAGACUCCGAACAGGUUGCCCUUGGACUGGGCUCUGUGUCUGCGGAAGGAUCGUAGGAGCCGGACUUCGUCAGGGCAUCUGAAUUUCUGUCCUGAUCUCUCCUCCCAUAACCCCACUGGCCGAACAUCGGGAGUUGCUUUCCUUGCGCCCAAGCGACCUGUUGGGGAAAGGCAGGGCCUAUCGGUUUUUUCCCACCCGCUUUCGUUCGUGUGCCUAAAGUCGGACGGACUCUCAUGAACGUCGGGGAGUUUGCAGUCGGGCCCCCCCCAAGUCUUGGGACUUGAAUGUCCGGCUGGGUGGGAAACAAGUUGUGCGGCUUUGGUGUUAGGAUUCGAAGUGCUGCUGGAGGGGUAAACACGUAGGGAGGAGGGGGGGACGUGGACGCUGAACUCGGUGGUUCAACGUGUGAAAUGGGGGCUUUGGGGGGAAGAUUGAUGAGGAAGGACUGAAUCCCGAGCUUGCUGAAGUGGCUCUUGAGUAACCAAACCUGAAUCUUACUAUGGGCCUUCUAAACAGUGGGCCUCUCCUGGAGUACGCUGCCAAAAAAAAGUGAAUUCUUCGCCCCACAGAAUAGUCCUUUUCCUUCCAGGUUCACCGUUUCUCAUGCCAUCUUCAUUUCAUUGUGCUGUAUACGCAGCCAGAGGAAGCUAGUGACAGAGUAUUAGGGGGGGGGGUCCCUUGAACUCGGGGAGGAGAGGGGUCUCCAUGGGUGGGUUAAAUAACACCUUCAAAUGAGGGGGAGAGGAAGAACUGAGCACUUGAGUGUGGCUCUGUGGGAAAGCAACCACGUUACCUGACAGAAGUUCUUGUGCCCCCCAUUUCCUCCACUUCUGCUCUCGACAACCAUCGUAAAGCUGACCUGGACCUGUGGCACUGAGAGACUUUCCCAGCAGCAGAGAAGCACAGGUUUGUAUCCCGAUAUUAGAUCUCUACAAGUGUUUCAAGAUGGCCGCCUGGGUGCUUCCUGUUAGAGUACAGGUACCCUCCAGAAGGGAUGGAAGGGCACAGCACAAAGAAGGAGCCACUUGGCUGAGAAGGGACAGAAAUGGCCAGCUUAACUCUUAGGCAACAAGCUGAUCGCUAACGCCGAGUCAAUCAGCCAUCGCUGCUUGGUGAAAAUGUCAUGUGCAUCAGCUCGGGAGGAGCUUCAUUCCCUGUUGGGUUGUGCGUGUACAAGAACCGCAUCCCAAAUCUGUGUGCUGCUUCAGGAUUUUAGGCUGGUUCAUCUCUCAGACUCAGGAGAAAGAAACCGAGAAGCCCUCUUCGAUGAGCCAGCUACGUAUUAAGGCCUGAAGCGUUAGGAUGAGAGGCAUUCCUCAAAUUCAUGGUUUGAAGCUGGCGCUCCAUCUCAGCUGCAGGUGCCAGCUUGCACUUCCAUAAUGAACAAGCAGGACGCAACACACACACCCCCUUCACACACCCCUGAAACAAAUCCUGCAAAUGGUGGUUUGCUUUCUGGUGGGCCCAAGUUGUACUGCUGCGGCCAGGUUAAUUCGAGAAGUGUUAAGGAGUCAUAUCCCUGAGUGUUUUGACUUUUCAAGAGUGUUCAGCCUGGGAACCUGUCGGAUUCUGAGCGUCCUCCGUGAUUUGAAUAAGCUGUGAUAGUAGGAAAUACACUAGGGGUUUUUGAGAGGGUCCUUUUAUUUUCAGAUGGGGCGUCUGGCUUAUAAUGUGAAUUCUGAACACAUCUCCCCCUCCUGACAGGCCUCUGUCCCAAUGAAGGAUAUUUGCGUGCCAUAAUGUUGUAGCUAACAACAGGACUGACAAAGAGUUUGUGUGUCUGUGCUUAAGUAACACCCAAUCCUCAAAGUAUUACAGGAAAGUAAGCUCAGCGGAGGUUGAUAGGGGUUGCAUUGAAGUAAGGUGUCUGCAAACAUGGAAGAGGCAUUUAUUUCCCUUGUUGGUGUGUGUGGGGGGGUGUUUCAAGGAGGAUGGUGGGGUGAUCAGCUAUGGUGAAGGUUUAAUCUACGACUUUUUAAAAAGUUUGCACUUAAUGGAGAAGGAUUUAUCAGGGCUUGACAAACACAUUGAAAGGAUCCGAUUAAGGGGAAAUAAUAAGCACAAAGCUUCGAGGCAUUUCUGCUUUUUAUCUGAAUAGGGGGAAUAUGCAUUUUUAAGCCAAUGGUCAUAGUAUCGUCUGCUAUGCUUAUUCCACCACACGUUCGUUCACCCCCACCCCUCAAUUGCUUGCAGUUUGCAGGCAUGAGAAAAAAAAAUCACACACUUUAUUUCUGAUAUUCUCCGUAAACGGUAUUAAAUGCUCAAGCCGAAAGUACAGAGAACCCUGGCUGUGGGGUGGGUGGGGGUAAAGGAUGAAUGCUGGAUUGGUGUCCAUUUUGGGUGGAUAAUUAAUGGAUUAUUUGGGGAGGGGGGAGGGAGAGAGACUUGCUGUGACCCAUUUCAGUGACCCACAGCACAAUUUUGGUCUAUCCAUUGCAGUGUCCCCAGUAAGCAGGACAGAAGAGUUGUUCCUCACAAAAUCAUGGACUUCAAAGGGGAAAAGAGAAACCCCUGUUGACUCAAGAAAAAAAGAAAGCAAAACAGUAAUUAACUUAUAUUUGUGACAAAACAUUGCCACUGUCCUAGUGAUUUCUGAUGUAAAUAUGUUGUUUAUAGAGUAUGUAUUAAAUUUUCCUACAUUGUAAAACAGUUUGAUUCUUGUAUAUUAAAAUGUGACACAGACGUUUUCACAAGCUUUUUCUGGCUCCUUUUUGUUGGCUGGCGACAGGAGAAAGAUUCUAGCGGGGCUUAUCGUGUUAAGAAUUUUGAUCUCCGAUCUAUUGUCAGACCAAAGGUUUUGCGCCUCUGGGAGGAUUCCAUGUGCGCCUUCAAUUUUCCUUUCUUGAAAUGCUCUCUGGAGUGAGAAGCGGUGUUGUGCAGAGAUUAAGAGUACUGAGCUAGAGAACUGAAUCGUGACGAUUAUCACAUGACCUACGCUACCUCACAGGGCUGUUGUGAGGAUAAAAUGGGCAAAGGAGACUGACUGUAUGUUCAGUCCUGGAAGGACAGGAUUGAUUUUUUAAAAAUGUGAUAGGCUGGGGAAGCAAAAGAUUACUGUUUGCUUAUUAGCAUGCACUCCCCCAGAUGGGGUAAUAAAUGUUCAGUGUUGGCCUAAUAAUAAAUUGCAUUGGAAA